UCAAAGACAAAAGCAAAGUUCAGCCAAAAUUUGCAAAGCCAAAACAAUAACACAAAUACAAUAUUUAGUUUGGCCAGCCAGCUGCAACCGAUACAAACAAUUUACAAAUAUACAUAAUUAAUAAAAACAAAACAAAUUCAAGCACAACCACAAUAACCAAUAUUUAGUAAAUUAAAAUAUGUAUGUAUAGUUGCGGUCUCUCUCCCACUCUCUUUUUUGCUGUCGAUAAUGCAGAAGAACUUUAAGUAGUAACUAUUUAACAAUAACAACACACGCACACAUCCAAUAUAACGGCAUUCAAAGUCUCGCUGCUAACUCCGUGUGAGCAGAACUUAAGAGUGGCAACGCCAUAAACAUUGCAGAGCAUUGGGGAAUAGCAGAGAGCAUGUUAAAUGCUGAGCGCGCGCAAAGAUAAAAACAGUAGCAGUAGCAGAAGCAGCAACAGCGACGUCGACAGCGGCUGCUCUAAGGCUCGCAUAACUCGCAACGGCGCCGAGCGCGACACUUCGGCAACGCAUAACAGACAAAUCGUCGAUUGUGACUCCCUCCCGCCUUCGACUGGUAACGGGGUCGAGCGAGCGAGCGAGCGAGCGGGCGUGCAAGUGAAAUAAACGAAAUUCCAAUUGAAAAAAAAAGAAAAGAACAUUUGCUUGAAAUUCUGUCAACUCGAAAACAAGAGCUUAAGCAAAGUGUGUGCGAUUAGGAAGGCGAACUAACGGCUUAACGCAAGCAACUACAAAUCAACAGUAAAACACAAUUAUGGUUGACACCAACAUUAAUACGGGGUCGGCGGCAGCUGCCGUUGGUAACUCGGCGGCGCGGCUGCGCAAAUUCGAACGCACUGACAGCGAACUAGCCUGCGAGGAGGCGGCACGGCUAACCGCCGAACAGAACGACAACAGUCCUGAGGAUGACAACGACGAGGAGGACGACGACGAAGGAGAUGAAGAGGACGAGGUCAGCGUCUACGGUGAACUACCGCCACCGCCGGACGGCGGCUAUGGCUGGGUCAUAUGCUUCGCCAGCUUCAUGUGCAACAUGAUCGUUGAUGGCAUUGCCUACACUUUCGGCAUAUUCCUGGAGGAGUUUGUCGCCUACUUUCACGAGGGCAAAGGCACCGUCGCCUGGGUGGGCAGUUUGCUAUCGGGCGUCUAUCUCAGCGCCGGUCCCAUCGUCUCCGCCCUGGCCAAUAAAUAUGGCUGCCGUGCCGUGUGCAUUGCUGGCAGCAUCAUUGCCUGCAUUGCCUUCGUCCUCAGCACGUUCAGCGGAUCCGUGAGCAUGCUUAUGGCCACAUAUGGCUUCAUGGGUGGUUUUGGCUUCGGCAUGAUCUAUUUACCCGCUGUCGUGGCCGUGGGUUACUAUUUCGAGACAAAGCGUUCCCUGGCUACGGGCAUAGCUGUAUGCGGCUCCGGCUUCGGUACAUUCGCCUUUGCUCCGCUGGCCACAUAUUUGCUGGAGGAGUACGGCUGGAAGAAUGCGCUGCUCAUAUUCGCUGGCUUGAUUUUAAACUGUGCCAUCUUCGGCGCCAUGAUGCGUCCUUUAACCUAUCCCAAAAAGAAGAAGGUCAAGCCACUGAUGCAGAGAAUGUACGAGGAGAAACAGAUGCAACUGGAACGCGGCUCCUUUGCUGGCUCACAUUUCAUGGUCCAGCUGCCCGAUGGUACAAUGGAACGCAAGUUGAAGAUGCCCUUGAAUGCCGAUCCAGGUGUGCAUUCCAGUCUCAAUCUUGAGCUGCUGGCCCAGCAAUCCGGCGGACUGCAUCCGGUCUCAACGUUGCCCACCAUCACAGAGUCCAAAGUGGUGGAAGUAAAUGCUCAAUCCCCUCCAAACAAUGGCAAUGCUGAUAGCAACGGGCAACUGUCCACACGAUCGGGUCGCCGUUCGCAGCGCAACUCAGAGAGUGAGCACAGUCCAUACCAGUCGCACGAUGCGAUGAUCCGUAAUGCCUCCCAGCCCGCCUUCCUCGCUGGCGAUCAUCAGAGUCUUCCCAAGAACGGUUCGGUGCCAUCUUUCAGCCGCGUGCGUAAAACAUCUGGCAGUGAACGUUAUCAGCCCUCGUUAGCGGCCAUACGCGCCUCCUCUCGCGGCGACAUCGAAGCGGGCGCAGGCGGCGACUUCAGUACCUCAAAAUUGUCGCUGUCCCAGCGUCAAGGCAGUUCAAGCGGCAGUGGCGGACGCAUGGUCCGUCCCAUGUCACGCAAGGACAUCUUCUACUCCGGCUCCGUCACGAAUCUACCCCAAUAUCAAUCCCAAAAGUCGCUAACAAAUUACCGGAACUCCGUACUGUCCCUCACCAAGUACGAGAAGAGCAUGCAGAGCAUGCGUUUGGAUCCCCUGGCCGAAGCUGAUAAGCAUCGAGACGAAUAUGAUUUGUGUCCAUGCCUGGGCAUACCCGAUUCGGUUAAAUCUGUGGUGAACACCAUGUUGGACGUGAGCCUACUCAAGGAUCCAGUCUUUAUGCUGAUGGGCGUAUCCAACAUAUUCGGCAUGGCUGGUUUGUACGUACCGUUUGUCUACCUGGUGGACGCAGCCAAGGAGCACGGCAUUGCUAAGAACGACGCAGCAAUGCUGCUCUCCAUCAUUGGCAUCACCAACACCGUGGGACGUGUCGCCUGUGGCUGGGUGGCGGAUCUGCCCCAAGUCAAUUCGUUGCUGCUCAACAACAUCUGCCUGCUGAUCUCCACAGUGGCGGUCACAUUGACUCCACUUUGUUACAGUUAUAGCGCCUAUAUCGCUAUGUCAAUCGCCUUUGGAAUUGCCAUUUCUGGCUACAUUUCGCUAACGUCAAUUAUUCUGGUCGAUCUGCUGGGCCUGGACAAGCUCACGAAUGCCUUUGGUCUGCUCAUAUUGUUCAGAGGAUUCGCUGCAUUACUUGGAACACCGCUGGCGGGCUUCAUCUAUGAUUUAACUCACACCUAUGAUCUGCCCUUCUACAUGGCGGGUGCUCUGUUCGCCGUGUCCACCAUCACUAGCUUUUUGGCGCCCUGUAUGAAGCGCUUCAGUGGCUCUGAUGAGACCCCAGUACACGCCGAAACACUGACGCCUAUUGACGAGGAGCAGGGUGAGGAUGCUGAGGAUGAGGACGAGGAUCAACCAAUCACCAUAGUGCCCAAGAUCAUCAAAACUCUGCCCAGCCCACAGGAAUCGCCACUGCAGCCAUUCCCCAGCACGCAACAGAAAUCAGCAGCAACAACAACGGAAUCAAAGCUCUAAGCAACAAGAAUUUAGCACACAAACAAAUAAUAUAAAUAAAGUGAAGAGAGCGAGCAGGAAUGUAAGAUUGAUAAAUGAAUUAAGAGUAGAGUGCGAUAUUUUUUUAGCAACUUAUACAAAGAGAAAUGAGGAACACGGAAGACGUUAUAGAAAGAUCAAAGCUGACAUCGGAGUUCGGAGAGAAGAUAAAAACACGCAGUUUAGGCAGGGGCAGGCCCAGGUCCAGGCAAAGCGAAAGUAUUGUAAAGAGAGCACACAAAAAAAACUAUAUAUAUAUAUAUGUAUAUAUAUAUGAAUUAUAUAUUAUAUAUAACAAUACAAAUACCGAAACUAUGCCUAAGCAACUAUUCAAUAUACAUACAACAAAUUAUAGAUUUGCUUGAUAGCAAAUUAAGAAAUUCAAGAAAACUUGGCUUAGCUUCGAUAAGUUUGUAGCAGAGCUCUGCUGCCAUAUAUAUACUUAGCUCUAUACAAAUAUUAAUAUAUAACACGCUCAUGAAAAACAACAACAAAAGCAACAACAGAAACUAGAAACUCUGAUAGAAUUCUUAUUGAUUAUAGUUUCAACUGUUAUACAAUAGCGAAAGCAAAAA